GUCGAACAGUGGAAUGAAGUUGAGUAACAUUGUUCUCCGACCAAACAAGGCAGGAAUUGAAUGUAAACAAACCACGGCUUCCUGUAACAUCGAAUUUUUGCAAAAGAGCGUCUUCUUGUUCUUUAGCAAUAUAUUUCAAUGAUUAUUAGUGAUUUAUGAGUGGAAGUAGUGCAAUAUAUGAAAACGACGACCUGACCAGAGUUACCGUACAGUUUCGACCAUGUACAAAGAAGGGAAAACUACGUUUUAAAAGUUUAUAUACUGUCUCCCACAUCUAAUGAGCAUAUGAAAAGGUUCCGAUCAUAUCCCAAAUGUUCAUAGGCAGCUUACCCUUAAAAGAGACACCAACCCCGUAGUUGUCUUCAGAAGGCAGUUUCAAUUAGUUCAUCGGGUUUCUUUUUCCUAUAAACUUCUAUUUAGUUUAGCCCAUUAGAAGAAAAAGAUUAUAGAAAUUAUUAUAGUACUGCUACGUAUAUUAUCACAGAAAGGUACUUAAGAAGGCUGUGUACCCUUCAGCUUUCUCCUUUCCCUCCCUCUUCAGCAAUUAUGUUUGAAGGUAUAAUUGAUCUUUUGGCAAAAAUCACUGGAGCAAACGUGCCUGAAUGGUCGUUUAAAGACAUUCCUAAUUUACACGGCAAAGUUGCUGUCGUAACAGGGUCUUCUGGUGGAAUUGGCUACGUUACUGCUUUAGAAUUGGCAAAGAAAGGCGCUAAGGUUUAUUUGGCAGGUCGCAGUGAAGAAAAAUACGUUACGGCGAUUAAGAAUAUACGUGAAGAAUGGAAAGACGCAUACGUCGUCUAUUUACAUAUGGAUUUACUCGAUUUUGAAAGCGUCUAUCGAGCUGCAGAAGUAUUCUUGGCAAAGGAAACCAGGCUGGAUAUUUUAAUCAACAACGCUGGUAUCAUGUUUGGCAAGUAUCAGUUGACAAAGGAUGGUUAUGAAAGACAAAUUCAAACAAAUUAUCUAUCACCUUACUUAUUUACAUACCUUCUUAUUCCAGCAUUGCGCCGUGCUGCAGAGUACUCAAGACCUGGUGAUGUGCGUAUCGUGAACGUUUCCAGUAUUGCCUACAUGUUCGCACCAUAUAGUGGAAUUUACUUCCCGGACAUUAAUCUUCCUUACGUUUUCGGAGGAGAACAGACGCGUUAUGGACAAUCAAAAUAUGCCAAUAUUCUUCAUUCACAGGCUCUUGCCAAUCGCUUAGAAAAAUAUGGAAUCUACUCUGUUAGUUUACAUCCAGGUAUCGUGAAAACAAACCUUUUUGCGAACGUUCCGGGAUUGAUGCAGAAGAUAUUAAGAAUGUAUCCUAUCAAUCGUGCUGUCUUAGAUCCGGUUUGGGGAUCAUAUACCACGUUGUACGCCGCCACGAAUCCCAUCAUUUCUGAACAAAAGUUGAAUGGAAGCUUUUAUCGAGCCAUCGCUCAAAAAUCAACUUGCUAUCGUAGCCAAGACCCUGCUCUUGUGAAUCAAUUAUGGGAGUUUACCCACAGAAUUUUUGAGAAGCUUCAUUAUCUCCCUUCAAAUGACAAUUUCAAGUAAGGUUUUUCUCUUUUGUUUACUUGUUUACAAAGGUUAUUGAUGUUCAAUUAUAAGUUAUCAAUUGAACGCUGCACUGAAAUUAUCUGUAAGCUAUGACAUAUAUGAGCUAAUACUGUUUAUUUCCAACAAUGCUCUGCAACUUCCCUGACACUAAAAGGCAUCUUCGGCAUGCCACAUAAGUUUACACUAGAGAUCAUUUUAGGAUAAAAUAUACACUUAUUUUAAAUGAUAAAAAACACAAGAAAAGCCACGACCAUAUAGUUGUAGCAGUAUUUAAUGAAAGCAUAUGUCUUUAUGAAGCCCAA